AUGGCAAAGCAAGGGGAACAAGCGCAUGCUGAACACGGCUCGGAAUGGGACGCCUCGCGCGACGACGUCGCGAUGCGAGACGCUUCAUCGAAGGCAAACGAAGCGUCGACGUCUGAGAAGCGAUGCAACGUGAUCAGAAUCGGGACGACGAGAGACUCGAAAGAGAUGGACGCGAUCGGGAUUCGCGUUCGAUCGUGGGACGAAUGGGAGAUUCGAGACGCCGCGCGCGCGCACGGGGGAUCGUACUCGUGGCGACCGGCGGUACGGUCGCAGUGGGCGUCCGGCGGAAGCGCGAGCCGCUCUUCGCUCUCGGCCUCGCCCGGGCGCGGUGAAGGGAGACAGAGCGUGCACAAGGUUGCGAGGCAGAAAGGAGUCUCGAGUGGGCGCACGUACACGAGUAAAUACCGAGGCGUACACCAAACGUUCCCGACGGGCCGAUGGGAGGCGCAGUUCAGGAGAAACGGCAAACCCACCUCGCUCGGAUGCUUCGACAACGAGGAGGACGCGGCGAAGGCGUACGAUCGAAUGAUGUUAUGGUGCGAGAUGCACGCGAGUGCGCUGGCGAACGCGCACGCGUCGCCGCAAAAGCAAGGCGCGUCGGCGUUAAACUUUGACGUCUCUGUCUACGCCGCCGACCUCAGAGUGCUGGAGAGCAUGUCACAGGAAGAUCUCACGCUAGAGCUCCGUAAGCUCGGUAGAUCUCAAGGGUCGAACAUCUUCCCUCUGAGCGCGUGA